AAACAAGUAUCUUGUCAGUAUAUCCAUAAUCUUUGCUAUCAGUACAGAAAACGCAUGACAACGCUUCCUCUUCCUGUCUAUGAAAAAUAAAAGUGAUAGUACAACAUCAUCCUAUUCGUGUAAUGCUUUUGAUGACUGUUUCAUCGAAACAAACAGAAAAUUAUGGACACAAAUAGCUAGAAAAACAACUAUUUUAUAAUAGUAAUCACAUGUUAGUCAAAUUAGUAUUUUAAAUGUCCUAUAUCUGGUUAUGUUUUGACGGUUUCUGCUUUCCGUAGGUUAAAAAUACCCACUUGUUUUUACAGAAGGCGGUGCUUAUUAUUUGUUGUCAUGGCGGCAUUUUAAGCAGUUUUAGCUGUGAUUAGCAUGCUAGCUAGCUGUCGAAGUCUAUCCCGUACAAAUAAUAUCCUAGCUAAAUAUUUUCACGUUCUUUACAUGAUGAUAUUCGAAGCAUAAUGUACCAUCUGGUUGCAUGGCUAGAUACGUACGGAAAUGUUAGGCAAGGGUUUGCAAAAUGUAUCAAAGCUAACGUUAGCUAGCUAUCUAGGCAGGUAGCUAGGUACACAGGCUACAGCUGAUGUAGAUACACCGGUAGUUAGCUAGGGGAUUUAGGAACAGCCAUGACUGCAAACCUAGAGUCCCCGAUGACCUAGGACAAUCGAAAAGCUGGGUCACAUUAGGUCCAAAUCGAAGCACUCGGCUUUCUCAGACCCAGUUACUCUUCAAUGCAGCCAUGCCUGCCAACACCUAUAACCGUGCUACUCAAGUUGGCCCAGCUGCACCCAUUGUGAUUGAGAAGCUGAUGCCCUGGGUAGAGAAGCGGGAAGACCUGGAUAGCACCUGUAGUUCUAUGUGUUUCUCUGCUCUGUCUGAGGAGCGUCUGCUGGCUGCAGUCAGGCUGGCCAAGAGAGAUCUGAGGAAGAGACGACAGGAGUCAUUGAACAGCUCCCCCAUCAGACCACAGCCAGAGGAGACCACUACCAUCAAGAGCAAUGUGGAGCAGCAGAAGAGGGUUUUUCUUAAGGGGAGGUCAAAGACAGCCGGCCCCAAAGAAGAAGUGACUUGGUCUGCAGCCAAGGUGCUUGUAUACACCUCCCAGAAGUACAUCUCUGUACCCCCUGGGCCUGAUCAUGGCCUGUCCCCCCCAACCAGAGACCCAGGCCCAAGGCAGACAGCCAGCCAGGAGCCCCAGACAGCAAUCAGCCAGGAGGUCCGCAGGCUGCAGAGAGAGCUGAACAACUACAUCCAGAGAUUAGAUCAGCUCACAAACAGAGGGCGAAUGGUUGCAGAGCACUUGGAGCCUGAUGAGCAGCGCAGGGUGGAGGUACGCAGACAGGAACAGGCAGCCAACUCUGCACGCAUCAUCUAUGCUACAACAACAGGCGAAAGAGAUCCAAGAGGAUUUAGACAAACUGCGCUCACAGAAGAUUGAGCACACAAACAAAUCCAGAGCGAUGGACAGGUUGGCUGCUGCCCACAGAGGGGCGGUCAGGGCCAUGCAGAGGUUCACUAAUCAGCUGUCUGACACGUCUGAGGGCAGGAUGCCCUCCCGUUAUAAAGAGCUGGGCCAGCUGAUCCGCCAGCUCUCUCUGUGCUCGGCCAAGGUGGAGGUGGGCCAGGGAUCAGCCAUCCCAGAGACUGCCCUGGACAUCCUGCAGAAACUAGGGACCCUGGAUAAUGCUCUCAGCAAGCAGGAGAGUCCAGUACAUAGGAGGCACGCCCGAGCACCCAGUUCCUCCCCUGCACGCUACCGCAGGUCUCCACAUCGCAGCACGUCUCCUCCCCGUCCCCGUGCACCCAGGGGCCCUGCCACCAGGGGUCUCAGAGGACCUCGUAGAGCAGCAGGCCCCAAGAAGUCCUUCCCUGCAAAUAGGAGAGCGGUCCCUCAGCAUCAGCAGCCCCCCAGAGCCACAGAGCCUCCUCCACAGCUGGAUCGCAGACAGGUGCUCAGGGCUGGCCUGGAGAGCCUGGUCCAUCUUAGAGAACUCAGGGAAGGUGGGGGACAGGUCCCCGACAGUCAAGGAGGAGCACUGCUCCCCGACAGGACAAAGAAGCAGGGAGCCCAUGUGAGGGAUGCAGGUUUCCAGCAGCCCACAGUGGCUUCCAGGCUGAGAGUGUGUCAGCACCCACAGAAGGAGGCCUCUGUGCCCUGGAUACCCACGUCACCUCACUCUCCUCCUAAACAACAACAACAGUGAAGAGACCAGAGCCUCGAUGUCUCUUCUCCCCUCUGAAGCCCUCCUCAGGCCCCUCAGAGCAGCAGCUGAGUGGUGUGGUGACAGCAGAGCAGGACUAUUGUCUGACCUGUGAUAGACAGAGACAUGCCCACAACGAAGCCUUCAGAUGGGAGCUGCUGCCUCUCAGACCCGGGACAGAAAGGUCACAUCGUCACUGAGGCAUCGGCUGUCUGAGCAGGCUACAGACAGAGCUGCAGAGUGCGCUGAGGUGCUGAGUGAGGCCCUGCUAGAGGAGCUGCUGGCCGAUGCAGUGCGGGCCACCUGGGUGGCGGAGACAGACAGACAGAUGGAGGGUUUGGCCCAGCGGCCAGCUCAAGGCCCCCACCCUGGAGAGCAUGCUGCUGCGCAUGG